AUGAGCCUGACGAACGAGACCUGCUGGAUCGAAGGCAGCUCCACGAUUUCCAACUCAAGCCUUCGGCAACAUUGCUGGAAUGCUGUCCUGGUGGAUCCAAGGGAUAAGAUGCUCUGCGGCGGGGCCCUCAUCGAGCGUCAGUUAGUUGUCACCACCGCCUCCUGCUUCUUCUUCCACCAACAGUAUAAGAUCGAACAGCUGGCGAUAAGAUUUGCUGGGAGUUCGGUGCGACACGGAAUCGUGACGGACUUCUUGCACCGAAGAUUUCGGGAAGAAACGCUCGAAAACGACUUGGGGAUGAUCAUCCUCGAGAAGUCAGUGAAGGCGGAGGAAAAGGCGUGCCUGAUGUGCACUCAAGAUGCCUACAGCGUUCAGGAGUUCUCGGAGUGUAUGCUCAUCAGUCACUUUGGAGUUCGGGGGACAGCGGCGACGGAGCCCGUUGAAUAUGCGGCGUCGAUCGUAGAUAUGAGCGUGUGCCAAGAGAAGAUCCUUGAGGGAAGUGGCCUGCCUUUCAAUUCCGUGUGCGUCGCCUUCUCCUCCAUCUGGUGCGGGGAAUCCGGCGCCCCCCUCAUCUGCAAGGACGCCAGCUCUGGCUUCUAUAGGGCAAGUGCCUCUUCUAUCCUCUCAGGCUCGAGCGUCCCUGGUAUAAACCGGAAUGUGGGAUUUUCAGCUGGCAGGCCUCUUGUCCAUCCCGAUCCAGCAAUGCCAGCCGGCGGACGUGCCCGGCGUCUUCGCCAACGCCACUUCCUCGCUCUCGACCAGCUUCUACGAGACGACAUUCACGGCCAGUCUUAUCCUCAUGAAGAGUCCCACGACUGUGAAGGAAAGUCCCAAGACAAGAUAGGUACGACGGACAGUCGACUUGAAGAGAUUCAGGGCAGCAAAGAAUAUGAUUGCAUCCGAGACGGGAAGUACGUGCUUGGAAGCACUGUGACGUACAAGUGCAACCAAUUUUACAUUUUGAGGGGAUCGAGCGUUCGGACCUGCAGGAGGGGCGAACAGUGGACAGGUCACAUUCCGUUCUGCGAGGCCGAAUGCGGGAGGAAGUUGCAGCAUGUGAAGCUGUCAGCGGGGGGGAAGCCAGCGCCGAAAGGGGAGUGGCCAUGGCAGGCGGCCAUCUACGACAGAGAGAAGCGAGACCUCAUUUGCGGAGGGGCGCUCAUCGCAGAGCGAUGGGUGCUGACGGCGGCGCAUUGCAUCACUGUUGACGGGACGACGAGAGCACGGGACGCAAGCAAAUUUUUCGUCUACUUGGGGAAAUACUAUCGGAAUGACUCCUUGGACAACGAAUACGUACAGCGGAGAUUGGAAAUCAGGUCCGGGGCAAUUCAAGUUCGAGCGGGAGUAACUAAGGCGUAA